AUGAUCGCCGCAGCGACUCGACCCUCUUCGCUCUGGCGUAACGCUGCUGCCGCUCGCUUCUCCCUCCGCUCGUUGGCGACCCAUGCGCAACGCCCUGCUUCGGCGACCAUGACCCCGACCUCGGGUAAGAGCACUAACCUCUUCGACCCCACCCGCCCCGCGUCGCUGCACUUCAAGACCGGUGAGCGCUUCGAGGGAAAAGCCUUUGGUGCUCCGAUCUCCCGCUACGGCGAAUCCGUCUUCAGCACCUCCAUUACCUCCUACACCGAGUCCAUGACCGAUCCUUCGUACCGAGGCCAGUUCAUCGUCUUCACCACCCCCCUCAUCGGUAACUACGGUGUUCCCAACAACGCCUCGAUCCAGGACCCCAACGGACCCCCCCUCUUGCUCGAGUCCAACGGCGUGCAAUGCGCCGGGGUCAUCGUCGGCAACCUCGCCGAAAAGUACUCGCACUACCAAGCCGUCGAGUCCUUGCACGAGUGGUGCGAUCGCCACGGGGUCCCCGGUAUCACCGGCGUCGACACGCGUGCGAUUACAACCCUGCUCCGUAACCGAGGCUCGACCCUGUCCAAGCUUUCGACUGGUGAGGGCCACGAAGUCGUGCCCGCUGCGGCCUACUUCUGGGAUCCAUCGAUUGAGAACCUUGUUGACCAGGUCUCGACCAAGGAAGUCUACACCUUGAACCCCGAGGGUGAUGUCAAGAUCGCGCUGCUUGACUUUGGCGCCAAGGCCAAUAUCCUCCGCUCGUUGACGCGUCGUGGUGCUUCCGUGACCGUCUUCCCCUGGAACUUUGACUUCAACACCGUGCGCGAUCAGUUCGACGGCCUGUUUUUAUCCAAUGGUCCCGGUGACCCCAAACAUUGUAUGGAAGCGGCCGUGCACGUGCGCAAGACGAUCAAUGAGUGGGAGAAGCCCGUCUUCGGUAUCUGCAUGGGUCACCAAAUCAUCGGUCUUGCCGCCGGUUUGGACGCGUACAGAAUGCGCUUCGGCAACCGAGGCCACAACCAGCCCGUGCUCGCCCUCGCUUCGUCCGGUGCGAUCAAGGCCGGUCGCGUCUACGUCACCUCGCAGAACCGUGAGUUGUCCUGUCAAGACGGGCUCUUCUGACGUGUGCUCUUCUGACGUGUAGAGCACACACUGACUACUCUGGACUUGCUUGAAUUCAAUAGACCAAUAUGCGCUCGAACUCGUGGACCCCUUCCCCAAAGGCUGGGAACCCUUCUUCCUCAACGCCAACGAUGCGUCGGUCGAAGGCAUCAAAUCGACCGAAGCCUCGGGCAAGCGCGUGUGGGGCGUGCAGUUCCACCCCGAGUCGGCCGGUGGACCGCUCGACACGAUCAACAUGUUCACCAGCUUCGUCGACGAGUGCAGGGUCUUGUCCAAGGCCGGAGGACAGCCUUCGAUCAUUAGUUUGACCCACCCUGAGGCUCAUCUUUGA